ACCCACCACCACCCCACAAAAACCCAUCCAAAACCCACAAGUUCUACAAGUCUCAUGGCUCACACGCAAGCUAUCAGAUGGACCAAGGUCGAAGACGUGGAAGAGAAGCACAUCCAGGAGUUGGGAGAAUACGCCGUGGAGGAGCAGAACAAGAAGGAAAACUGGAACCUGGCAUUCGAGAAAGUUUCUAUGGGGUGGUUUCAGCACCUGGCAGGAAACAUUUACAAACUCCAUAUCAAAGCCGAUCUCGCCGGCACCUCCGGCGACUACGAGGCAAUUGUGUGGAAGAAGCAUAAUCAGUGUAAUGAGCUGAUGUCCUUUCAGGAGCUUUAAGGUGUGAGCGACCAUGGAACUAAAGAUCCUCGUUUACCAUAAAUAAAUAAAGUCCUCCUAUAUAUUGUACCAAAAUAAACUCCUAGGGUGGAAGGAGACUGGCGAGGAAUGGUUGCUGUAAUGUAAUAAGAACAGCUUGAAUAUAUCAAGUCUUAGAACAACUACUUAAAUACAUAAAUUUCACUCUGUCGAUCGAUCA